AUGGAGUGGUGGCACAAGGUGGUUUUCCCUGUUCGGAGAGUUUGGUGCGCUGUCUCUGCUCGCGUCAGGGCUCGCAAAAACGGUGGUGGGCUUUUGAAACUUCACGAUGACAUCCAAACAUGUGGAUACGAGGAUGUACAGAUCAUGUGGGAGAUGUUGAGUAGGACGGAACCGAAAGUGAUUUCGGGCCACACGAAACGGAGAAACCGGUGGCUUUGUAGGAAUCUUGGUACCUUGUCAGCCAAUCAAGCUCACUGA